GUGGGUUAAUGUAACCCGAGGAGCAAAAUGGACAACAUGCUGCAGUUCAUGAAGCUCGUAGGGCAGCUGAAGCGCGUGCCACGCACCGGCUGGGUGUACAGGAACGUAGAGCGUCCUGAGAGCGUUUCAGACCACAUGUACAGGAUGGCAGUGAUGGCAUUAACUGUGCAGGACACCAGUGUAAACAGAGAGAGGUGCAUGAAGCUUGCCUUAGUCCACGACUUAGCUGAGUGUAUUGUGGGGGACAUUGCUCCAGCCGAUAAUGUCAGCAAAGCAGAGAAACACAGAAGAGAAAAGGAGGCAAUGGUUCGCAUUACUGGUCUGUUGAGUGAAGAUCUGCGUAAAGAGUUUUACCAGCUGUGGGAGGAGUAUGAGAGCCAGUCCAGUUCUGAGGCCAGGCUGGUGAAGGAGUUAGACCAGCUUGAGAUGAUUCUACAGGCCCAUGAAUAUGAGGAGCUGGAGGGAAAGCCAGGCAGACUGCAGGAAUUCUUCACCUCCACUGAAGGCCGGUUUUGUCACCCAGAAGUGCUGGCACUUGUAAAGAGUUUGAACGAGGAGCGAGCUCGCAACAUGGCCGGAGCAGGAGAGUCCAGUUCAGAGAAGAAAACAGAGCUGAACUGCCACACAAAACCAAACCCAUCAUGACCCCAGUGGAAGAGUGACACUAUAGCUAAUCAGUGUGUUCAAUUUCAUGAUGUACUGUACCACUGCCUUUUUACAAUUUAUAUUUAAUUACCACCAAUGACAAAAAAAAAAACCUGAGUCAAGUUUGUCUCUGGUACUAUAAAGUAUGAUUGGCAUUAGUCUCUGGUUAAACAUUCAGGAAUUUCAUGUUGCAUCCCUGCUAUCCUCUUUCUCCUUAAUUUGUUUUACCAAAAAUGUUUUUAUAUUUGGCUUAAAUUCUACCUCCAAAUAUUCUAAUCAGUUCUACUGAACUGUGAUCCUGAAACUAUGUUUGUGUUUGAAACUGUUAAUGAAACUACAGUACUGUGAAAAAGUCUUAGGCUAUUGGAGAAAAUAUGUAAAGUUAUUUCUCUGUGCAGUUAGUUGAUAUCAGUCUUUCUAUCCAUCCAAUACUUUUCCAAGUACUUCAGUACAGUAUAUCAUACUUUUCCCCCUAACUGAGCAUUGUAUGGAGGGGAAAUUGCAAUAUCUACCUCAUACACAGACUCUAAAAAAAUGUACAUAAACACAACUGUAUUUGAUCUUCUUUUCUUGAUGGUGUGCUUAAACAGAGGUCCUGUGGUUUGUCAAAGUGGAUAUGACUCAACUUGCACUUACUGCCAUGGCUGAUAGUGAUAUUCCUGUUUAAUUAUUGUCUCAACAGAUUUAGACCUUAUCUUGGCAUUUUUUGAGGAUGAAUAGUUGCACAUGCUCAUUAUCCACCCACUCUCUGUUUUUGAGCUAGAUUUGUUUAGUUUUUACCUUUGUUGACUAGAUGGUUAUAGAACAGUGAACUGACUAUACAGUUUAUAGCAUUUCAGAUGUGCAAGCAUCAAUCUGAAGUUUUUUUGGUUUAUCUUACUGUUUGUUUUGCCUAAAAAUAUGGCAAUAAAAACAUGAAAAGUUGUGAGUUUAGUCCUGA